UAAUACUGUCUCUUGGCUGAGUAAUGAGGGGCGUGUGAGGUUGUGGGUGUGAGCACGAAAGAUUCGGGAGUCGGGACCAGUAACCAGUGGUGGCUUGUCUGGGAAGGAGUGCAUCAUAGGACCCUUGUAUUGUUGCACCCACGCGUCACAGUCAUGGCUCACACAAUUCUUCUGGUGCAGCCGGGACCCAAGCCUGAGACAAGGACAUUUUCUGACUAUGAGAGCGUCAACGAGUGUAUGGAAGCAGGUGUGUGUAAGAUCUAUGAGGAGCACCUCAAGCGCAUGAACCCCAACACACCGAGCAUCACCUACGACAUCUCACAGCUCUUUGAUUUCAUUGACCAGCUGGCGGACCUCUCCUGCUUAGUGUACCAGAAGAGCACCAACACCUAUGCACCUUACAACAAAGAUUGGAUAAAGGAAAAGAUCUAUAUUCUGCUACGACGUCAGGCUGCCAAGGCUAACUAAGAGAAGGAAUGCUGCUGCCAGGGCCCUGCAAAGCACCUGGGAGCCUUUGGGGGGGAUUGGCCUUCCUUGCUCCAUCAAAUUCUUCAUGUUUUGUGUUGGGAGCAAUCUUCAAGCUGUCCACCAAUCUCCCAGCACUGCAACACUCACUCGCUGCUUCUAGACCUUGUACCUGGAAGUCACUAAAAUGUACCUUGUAUCCUUGAGGCUGUGGUGGCAUCACGUCUGGUGCACCAUUCUGACAUUUUGUAUCUCCAGAUUCUGAAUAACAAGUUUAUGAAUUAACAGGGUGGAAUGAGUCAAGUUAAAAACAGGAAUUUAUUAGAAUAUGUGCAGAAACUAAUUUUGAAGUGAUUAAAAUGUUAGCAAAAUGAAGAGGGUAGGUUUGGACUCAGAGGAUUUGUACUCCCAUAUAUGUGUAACUUCUAAACAGUGUCAGCAGAUGCAUCAGACUCACUUGCAGCACCCACACUCUGUCAUACAAGCAGAUGCCUUUCCAAAGAAGAGCUGUCCAGCCUUUUAUGUACAGUGCAUUGUUUCUUGAGGUUAUACUCAGGCACAAUUAUGCAGAUUAGAUUUUGGCAGUAUUACAUGAUAAAUGAAAUUCCAGGUACACAUAUCAGUGGUGUUUCCAGAGGGAUUCUUACACUGGUAGUUGGGAGAAAGCCUGUGGAAUAAAACAAAAAUUCCAGGCACAUAGAUCAAUUGUGUUUCCUGCAGCAGAUCCCAAUCCUUUAGUAGUUGGGAGAAUGCCUGUGGCAGCAGUAAACAUGGUAAUUUCCAGUUGUUUCUGGGAAGAACAGUACAAAUCCACUGGCAAGGCAAGUGAUAGCUGGUGAUAGUGGGAGCAUCACAUCCUGACUGUCACGUGCCACUGGGGCGGGAAAGACGGGUACAGUGCCUGCCUCACCCGCCUCUCCCUCUUCACACUUUCCUAUCAACAGUCUCUCUUCAAGUAGGUGGUGUUGGUUGCUAAACCCUUGUAGCAGAUUAUUGGAGGCCUAGUUAUUGGCAUGUUCAAGAUGUCUCUGAAGCUGGAGAAGCUUUGGAUGUAUCUUUCAGGUGUCUUUUUCUUUUCCUGCUUGAUGCCAGACUCAAAGCAGAUUUAUACCAUUUAGUCAUGUCUCCUGGUGUGUUCAUGAUCUUAAUGCACUGUAGACUAAGGAAAAUUACUUUAAAAAUGAUGUGCAACAGUUUAUAAAAAAAAAAAGCGUAGCUAUGGUUUAUGCAGUUAUUUUGGUGUCAAAGGAAAUUCUUAAGUUGGAAUAAUAAAAACAUUUUCAUUU